CUACCAACCUCUGAAUGUGUAAUGCCUUUUUGAUUUCUUUUGUUUAACCUGAAAUCCAUCAAAUCGAAUAUUUUUGUCAGCUUUUCUGAAUUGUACAUUUAUAUCUGAAUUUGGUUCACACAGCUUUAAUAAUUACCAGCAUAACUUUGUAUAUCAAUGUACUGUGUAAAAUGAAUUCGACAAAACUAGGUUCGGGUGAUAAUAGGAAUGCUCUUACACUACUUGAAGAAAAUGUGAAAUUGAAUGAAGCUGACGAAGAUAAAACAUUGAGACAAGAGCAUCAUGAUGAAGGAGGUACAAGGGGCCAAAGUGAAUUAACUGCACAGAUGAUUGAAGAUAACGAGGCCAAGAUGAAGGAGAGGAUAGCCCAGUGCAAAAAUAUCAUUGAGUCUUUAAAGAUUGAGUUAAACGAAGAAAAAGCUAAAUUGGAAAGACAAAAUAAAGCUGCUCAGCGUCUAACUGAGAGCCCUUCUAAAUGUACGACUAGUUUUCGUUGUGUUUCCUCAUCUAAUAUGCUAGCUACCGACCUAGACUAUACUACUAAUUCCUACAGCGAAUGCGUCGACAGCAAACUAAAUUGUGAUGAAAAUUUAAUGGAAUAUGAAAAACAAUUAAAGAAGUAUCAGAAUACCCUGAAUUUGGCUCAGAUAGAGAAAAAGAACGCUAUACGAAAGCAGAUGCUGGCUAAGGCAUAUCGACUGAAACUUUUAGAAGUUGAGAACCAAUGUAACAUCGAACUGCUGAGGGUAAAGCAAAGCUUACAGUGUUUGGAGCCUCUACAGAUGAUAGCUAGCAAGUGGAAAACUAACACAGAAGAAAUGUAUGACGUUAAUAAUUAUGAAUUGAUUCCCAGAUAUCCAGAAUUAUACGCGAAUUCUAGUAGCGACAUUAAUAGUGAAAUAGAUAUGAAAACUGCCAUAGAACGGAACGAAGACAAAGCGGAAGAUGCGUCUGUAAUGUCAGAUUAGGAGAGGCACAGAGAUAAAAUUUAAUACAAAAGACAUUUUGUAAUUGUUUUUUUCUUUCAGCAGGUAUGUAUUAUAUCUUGAAUUAAAUUACGACUUGUUACAAUA